UCGCACGUCGCCUCAUCCCAACAGUAGAAAUCAAAGGCCGGAAGCGGCGGCCGAAGUGUCGAAACGGGAAGUGAAAAAUGGAGGCAGCCGUGUUCAUUUUAUCCCUUGUUGACUGCUGCGCUUUGAUAUUUCUCUCCGUUUACUUCAUCAUCACUUUAUCUGAUCUGGAAUGUGAUUACAUCAAUGCUCGAGCCUGCUGCUCAAAGUUAAACAAAUGGAUUAUACCAGAGAUAAUAGGCCAGGCUCUGGCGACUGUGUUAAUGCUGGUUUCCAUGCACUGGUUUGUGUUCCUUCUCAAUCUCCCUGUGGCAGCAUGGAAUGUUUACAGAUACACAAAGGUUCCGAUGGGAAACAUGGGAGUCUAUGAUCCGACAGAGAUUCACAACAGAGGUCAGCUGAAGUCCCACAUGAAGGAAGCCAUGAUCAAACUGGGCUUCCACCUUCUCUGCUUCUUCAUUUAUCUGUACAGCAUGAUCCUGGCACUGAUCAACGAUUGACCUGCGGCAGUCUUCCCAACACAACCUGCCAAAUCAUAAACUGGCCUUUAUGUUUUGUGAACAAUGCUCUUAUCAGAAGAACAUCCCCAUCUCUCCUGAAGACAUCAUAUCACUUUUUACAUUUCAGAAAACUACAACCCUAGUCUGGUGACAUCAAACCCCUGGAUGAACUGUGAAACAGAUUUCAUAUGGUGUUUUUUGACCAUGUAACGUGUUUUAUGUGUGAGUUGGACUUGAAUGAUCUUGCACUGCUUCUCAGGGCUGAAGCAUCAGGACAAUCCCACUUAACACUUGGACCCUCUGCUCUGCAAAUUACUGCAUGCAGGGUUGUUUCAGGUCACACUUCAGCCCAAAAACAAGGACAGCUAGAAGAAGUUCUAUUUUACACAAAUAAAAUGAAGCCUAUUUUUUAAAUCCAUUAGGAGUUUUGCAUUGUGAUGGUAUUUUAAUAAUAUUUAAUGUUUCUUACCGUAAUGUAUCAAAGUUUUUGUAAUUCUUUUGUUAUAAAUAAUGUCACAAUGCAAAAAAUGGGCUUUAUAUAAAAUAUAGUUAACAUUUUGUUCUUCUGUUUUUGGGAUGAAAUAUGAACUGUUCUUGACAGGUUUUGUGAGAUGAUAUUGCCUGUAUGCUUUUAUUUUAGCAGUUUGAUCAUUAUCAAAUUAAGAUGGAGUAUCAGAUUAGCUGUUAUGUUACCAUAGUUUACUUCAAAAACCUUUAGAUGCUCCAUUUGUUUUAGAAUUUUAGAUAUAACCCUUUUACAUAUAUUUUUUGUCUGUUGGCCUUAAAAAAAACUGUAAAUAGGUCAAAAACAAUGUCAAAGAAUAUUUAAUCAAAAGUGAUUAAAAAUGUAAAUAACAUUUUGCUUAACGAAAACGAAGCAUGUUUAUGAAUAUUCAUGUAAUAGUGAUUCCACCAAUUUCUGUAAAAACAUGUUUAAGGUUUAUUAAUGCUGGGUAACAGACAGGGGUUUGGGGUAACCGUUGGUUUUACAGUAUAUAAGCACUCCAUUCCCAUGAAAAAGAAACACUACACAGCCCUGGUGACGGGUUUAGCAGUGUCCUCAUAAUUAUUUCAUUUAUAAUUUUAUUGCAUUUUAUCAAACAGUGUUGUGCAUUUGGCCAGCUGUUGAAUAGCCCUGUUCAAUGGUACAUCUCAAUGAGUGUUGCAUUUUGUCUUUCAAUUAUAGUACCUUCAACCGAAAGAGUAUGGUUUGUAUACAUCUGCUGUAAGACUGUCAUUUAUUUUGCAUAUUUACAUAUGGGGAUUCAUAAAUAAAAAAUCUGAAAGAAUUAA